AUGAACGAGGGUGCUUGCUCCCAAGGUCCCAAGCACUCGAGGCGUACGAGGAACGAUGCGGAAGAUGCUGCUGCAGGUCCCGCUGAAGAGUCCGACUCGCGACUUCCGAAGAGCGAGGGAGGAGCGGAGGUGCUCGGCAAAACCACCUCAUAUGCAGACACGCUCUGCGUGACACAGCUUCAUUCCGGCGAUGUUCACGUCGCCAAGAAAUCGCGACAUGGACAUGUCCGGUUGCGCAUGAGCGAGAGGGCGUAUGCUAGGAUGCAGCAAUGUGGUCCGGGCACCAGUGGAGGGCAAGCGCGCCAAGCGCGGCUUGAGAGCAACGCAAAGCGAGGUACCGCCGAGGAGGAGGCCGAUGAGACGAGUGAGAGCGAAUGA